CACACACAGGCAAAAAGUUGGACCCCACCCCUCUCUACAUAUAUAAUUUGUGCCUCCCUCCCUUUCUCUUCUUUUUCCACCUCUUUGCUCUCUCUCUGUCUGAGAUCUAAAUUGACAGUUGGUAGAACCAAACACAAGAUAAGGCAACAAAAUAUAACAGAACACAGCCGCCAACCGGAGCCCAGAAUGGAGAGAUCAGCCUACGUGAGGACGUUUAUCCUGCUGGUGUCCAUCGCUGCUGCACACGGCUUCAUCACGUUUGAACAAGACGGUGAAACCGUUGAUCUUGUCUUCGCCUGGAGGCCCAACGUGGACUACACUGUGUUGUACAGGGUUUCUGAAAACGAAGAUCUACUGCUGGCCAACUGCUCAGAGACAUACAGCCCACAGCCUGACACCGGCUACAUCAUCACAUGUAGCCCAGAGUACAUGGGGUACUAUGGCCCACAAUACACCUUCCCCGGCAGCCUCUCCCAGACGGGCCACUACAGGCUGGAAAGGUGGACGUCAGGGAAUAACACUCCGUCCCACCAACCCUUCUAUAUGGUCGUCUGUGCACAGAAGAUGGUUUAUCUUCUAAAAACCAGACGUCUACUCAUUCCUGUGUCAAGUGAGAGUGUGUCAGAUGUGAGCAGCGUGGAGCUGUGUAGGCUGAACGUGACCCUGGGCAACGGCACUACUCUCAGGGUGUACAGGGACGGCGACAGUUCUCUGGUGCUGGACACCAGUUCCUCUCUGGAGCCGCUGGUGGAGGAUCUGAAGGGCAGCCUGCAGCUGGACCUCAACAGCUCUCGAGUCAUCCUGCAUGGGAUGUCUGGUGAGGAGUUCCACUGCUCAAUUUGGAGAGAGGACCAGUGCCUGAGUUACAGUGAAGUACGAGCAGAACAUUAUGGACACGUCUUCACACACGAGGGAAAGAACGUGACCCUUCCCUGCACUUCAACAACUACGGCCACCAACCCACACUGGACCACACCCACAGCGGGUGUCAUAGUGAAUCAGACCCACCCACAGGAAGGGAUGCAUAUGCUGAAUGGCAGCCAGUCUGGGAACUACUCCCUCUUCAUCCUCACUGUGUCCAAACAGCACUCUGGGCGGUAUUCAUGUCAGGCCUCAUCUUCCAUAUUCACCUCUAUACAACUGUCUGUGUUUGCACAAUCAAGCCCAUCCUCACAUUUGAUGUUUUCUCACAGGGAAAGUGUCUCUAUAGCCGUGCCCUUUACUUUGGAAGACACUGAUGAUCAUGAGCUGUCCGUCUCCUGGUACGGCAAAACAGACCUGCAGUCAGAGGAAGACCUUCUAUACUCAAGUAUUGGCUUUGUGCAGAUGCCAGGGUGGUUGAGGGGUAGAGUGAGUGUGAACAGUCACAAUUACACCCUGACCAUCUCCAACCUCACAGCAGAGGACAGGGUGGUGUUCAUAUGGAGAAAGUUUAAUUUCCCAUCUGGCAUCAAGUGUUAUUGUACAGAGGGCAGUAUCCACCUUGUGUACAAGGAUCCGUUUGGGGUGGGCUCUCCGUUCUACUGGGCGUACAGUCCACUGCUGUGCGCUGUGCUGCUGGGGCUGGUGGCUGCUGUGGUCUGGGUCAACAUGAGGAGCAGGAAAAGAGAGCCGACCUCUGGACCUCAGAGCAGAGAGGGGCAGCAGAGUGGAGAUGAAGACCUCUAUGAUGACGUGGAGGUGGCUGAAGACGGUGUCUGAAGUUAACACAUUUCUAUCAGUAAAAAAAAGUAGAGGGCUGGAGGGCUGCGGCGUUCAAGUGGUAUCUUUUCUUUAAAUCAUCGAGCUUUGUAAUGUCUAUUUGUUUUUCUUUCCAGUAAUGAGAUACUCUUUAUGUAUUUAAAAUUUUUAAGACUGCCACUGGCAGAUUUCUAUUGUUGUGGUUGUUUGUAUGUACCUUGCAGCUCUGCAGGAGCAGACUCCGCCUACGUCACCUUGAGUCAAUCAGCUGAUUGAUUAGUGUGUUUGAGACUCUUGUGUGCUACACUGCUUGAUUCACCUUGUGCCCUGAUGAAGGCCCUGUAGCGGGCCAAAACAUGUUGGCAGUGGCAGUAUUUUUAAUUAUUUAAGUUCAAACAUGAACUAGCCUUUAUAAUAAAGCGAUUUUAUCUAAGAAGAGUGCCUUGGCGUCCUGCCUUUUUUUUGACAUUUCUAUCAGUCUGCUGUGUGUGAAUGUGCAACCCCUCGAGUGACAUUGUAAUUUUGAAACGCUUAUGUGGGCCCUAUAAAUAACUAUAAGUCGGCCCUGCCGUGGCCUAGCAGUAGGGCACUGGGUCACUACGCCAGCGAACUGGGUUUAAUUCCGGACCGGGUCAUUUGACGAUCCUUCCCCGUCUCUCUCCCCCCACUCAUUUCCUGUCUCUCCUCCACUGCCCUAUCAAAAAUAAAGACAAAAAGCCCUAAAAAAUAAUAAAUAAAUAAAUACAAAUAAAUAAAUAAAUAAAUAACUGUAAGUCAUUUUGGAUAAAUGCAUAAGCUAAGUGUAAUUUAGUGUAAAGUAAUGUAAUGUAAUGGUCAUUUGAUCAGAGGGUUGCAGGUUCAGAUCCAGCCAAUACCUCUGCCUAGACCUACA